UCCCAUCCCUCUCCCAAUAUCUGUCCUUCAACUAAAAGAAACCCAACCCUUUGUUCCAAAUCCGGCUCUUCCCCAAUUUCCACUCUCUAAUAACAUGUUUUUACCCAUUUCCUUGAGAUUGCUCAACAAAUCCAACGACCCCAUUCAAAUAAAAAAUGGGUAAAAUCCCAAAUGGGGCAGUGGUGUAUGCUGUAGGGUCUUCUCAAACCUCAAUCAGACACUUUUGAGCUCUCCACCGACGCUCCAACCACUGCUACUGUUCAAGGCCCACUUCUAAAUCCGAACCCAUUUCCCAUUUCAGGAGAUUCAACUUCUUUGAACAAAAACCCUCUUUCCCAAUCUCUAUCUCUUUAGGUAUUGCAGUUUUAACUUUGGGAAUUCUGCGAUUUCUCGACUGGAUUUGGUUGUUUUGCGAUCUGACUUGAAUUUGGACUGUUGUGUUGACUUGGGGUUCGAUUAUGGUGGCUUGAUUUUCGCUCUGUUUGAAGAAGAAGGGGGAAAAGGGAGAUUAUGUCGUGGAAAAGUAGAGGAGGAUUUGAGCCUAGUACGAGGAGCUCUGUUUCUCGGAAAUGGACCUUUCUGUUUUGUAUUGGAUGCUUUUGUGCUGGAAUGCUCUUCUCUGAUAGAAUGUGGGCUGUACCUGAAGUUGAAAAUGUGGGAGGAGGGUCAACAGGCUCUGAAGAACAGAGCUUAACAAUGGUUUCAGAGGGUUGUAACACAUCAACUAAAGAUGGAAACAAUGAAUCCAAAGACAUUCUGGGAGAAGUUUCCAAGACUCAUAACGCUAUACAGACUUUGGAUAAAACAAUUUCAAGUUUGGAGAUGGAAUUAGCUGUUGCAAGGGCUGCACAGGAUUCGAUUCUAAACGGUUCUCCAUUGAUGGAAAACGUUAAGCUUUCUGAAUCGGUUCAUAAAAGGAAAUAUUUAAUGGUCGUAGGUAUUAAUACUGCUUUUAGUAGUCGGAAGCGACGGGACUCUGUUCGUGCUACUUGGAUGCCCCAAGGAGAUAAAAGAAAGAAACUCGAGGAAGAGAAAGGCAUUGUCGUCCGCUUUGUAAUUGGUCACAGUACUACGCCGGGUGGUAUUCUGGAUCGAGCUAUCGAAGCCGAGGACAAGAGACAUGGUGAUUUUUUGAGACUGGAUCAUGUUGAAGGUUACCUUGAAUUGUCAGCCAAGACAAAAGCUUACUUUGCCACCGCUGUUGCGUUGUGGGAUGCUGAUUUUUACGUCAAGGUCGACGAUGACGUGCAUGUCAACAUAGCAACACUUGGAUCGACAUUAGCUAGACAUCGGUCGAAGCCCCGAGUGUACAUUGGAUGCAUGAAAUCCGGUCCCGUCCUUGCACAAAAAGGAGUCAGAUAUUACGAACCCGAGUACUGGAAAUUCGGGGAGGAAGGAAACAAGUACUUCCGUCAUGCCACGGGUCAGCUUUAUGCCAUUUCAAAGGAUUUGGCAACUUACAUAUCAAUCAACCAGCACAUACUUCACAAGUAUACGAACGAGGACGUUUCAUUAGGUUCUUGGUUUAUUGGGCUGGACGUCGAGCAUAUCGAUGAUCGGAGAUUAUGUUGUGGCACCCCACCUGAUUGCGAGUGGAAGGCUCAAGCAGGCAACAUUUGCAUCGCGUCGUUCGACUGGAGUUGCAGCGGGAUAUGCAAGUCGGUGGAGCGGAUGAAGGAGGUUCACCGCCGCUGUGGAGAGGGCGAAAAUGUGGUGUUGAAUGCAGUUUUCUGAUAAGGAAUAGUUGAAAUUGAGAGAAGAAAUGGGGAUUUUGGUUUAGAAUGAGAGGGUAAAUAGAUAGUGAGUGUAAAAUACCAUUCUUUCAGCCGGUGGGGGAAAGGCUGUUCUGAUGCCUUCUUCAAUGGCUAAUCAAUCUGCAUAAGUAAGAGGGUGCUGCUGCUAGUGUUUUCACAUUAUUUCUUCUUUCUAUUUUAGAUUUAAACCAUUUUAUACUAUACCUACUCGACUCGUGUAAUUCUUUACACUAUCUUUGGAUCGUUAGAAUGUUGACCAAAAAUUCGAUAUAUAUCUAAAUGUCGUUCUUAACAA